ACGGAGAGUGAAUGUCGUCAUGAGCGAUCAAAAGGACAGUAUGGCCACCACUGUCGCAGUCAGUCCCAGUGAAUAUCUUCAGCCCUCCACCACCACUUCUCAAGACUCACAGCCCUCCCCGUUGGCGCUCUUGGCAGCUACUUGCAGUAAGAUUGGGCCACCUGCUGCCCAGGCUCCAGUCAGCACACCACCAUCUCAGCCAACCACACGCCGUCUGCACCCGAUUAAACCCGCCCCCAUUGCUCCAGCUCCACCCAAAAACCUGGGCUUCCUCUCAGCCAAAGGGAAUAUAAUCCAGCUGCCCGCAGGACUUGGCUCAUCAGGGGCCAGUCCCAUUGUCUUCACUUUUCAGAGCCCUUCACGUCCAGCAGGCACAUCCACUGCUAACUUCCAGUACCAAGUGAUUCCUCAGUUCCAGGGCUCUCAGACCAUUCAGAUGAUGCCUCAGGGAGGACAGAUCCAAAUCAUCCCAGGAACCAACCAGGCCAUAAUCACCUCACCCGUCACAGUUCAGGCUGCCACACCAACUGCUCCACCUCUGGCCCCGGCCCCGGUCCCCCAGCAUAAAACGGUGGCGAUCAAGCCGUCCACCCAAAAACGGCGGCAGAAUAAUGCUAGCGUGAAUGCUAACAUUGUGCGACUCCCCAGCGGACUCACGCUUCCUCUCAAUGUGACCACUGGUGAUGUCGGAGGAGCGCAGGUUCUAACGGAGACUGCAGCAGCUCCAGUGAAGCCUAAAAGGGGAAGGAAAAGACAGGUGGCUAUAGCUGCGCCAGCACCUGCCCCGCAACCAGCUUCACCUCCACCUGUAGCUGAGCAGGUCGAGGCCUUGCUGAUAGAGACCACAGCUGACAACAUUAUUCAGGCAGGAAAUAAUCUCCUGAUCGUGCAGAAUCCAGGGGGGAGUCAGCCUGCUGUGGUGCAGCAAGUGCAGUUGCUUCAGCAGAAAUCAGACCAGCAGGUCGUUCAGAUCCCCCCACAGGCUCUAAAAGUGGUACAGGCUGCAUCUGCUACACUUCCCCCUGUCCCACAGAGACAGACAGUCACGCCCAGUGUCCAGGUGUCUCCUCCAGAACCCACACAGGUGCUGAUUAAAACAGCCUCGGGGGAAUGGCAGGCUGUACAGAUACAGGAAACUACUGUUACGACUCCAACAACACCCACCAGCACACCAACACCUGCGGUGGUCACAAAAAAAGUUCAAACAGGAACGCGGAAAGAAAGGACUCUACCUAAAAUCGCCCCGGCUGGAGGGGGUUUGAUAACACUGAACGCAGCUCAGUUAGCAUCUGCUGCUCAGGCUGUGCAGACCAUCAACAUCAACGGAGUCCAGGUACAGGGGGUUCCUGUGACCAUCACCAAUGCUGGGGGCCAGCAGCAUCUGACAGUGCAGACUGUUCCCAGCGCAGGUCUGCAGCUGGGCAGUGUGCAGACGCAGACACAGACCAUGCAGAUAGAGCAGACGCAGACACUCGCUCUGGAGCUGCAGACUCAGCCAGGAGAGAAGAAACGGCGCAUGGCCUGCACAUGCCCUAACUGCAAGGACGCAGAAAAGAAGCCGGGAGAAGUGGGGAAAAGAAAACACAUCUGCCACAUAGCAGGCUGUGAAAAGACCUUUCGAAAGACUUCCCUGCUGCGAGCGCAUGUCCGACUGCACACAGGAGAGAGACCUUUUGUCUGCAACUGGGUGUUCUGUGGAAAACGAUUCACGCGCAGUGACGAGCUCCAGCGACACGCCAGGACACACACGGGUGACAAACGUUUUGAGUGCAAUAAAUGUCAGAAACGUUUCAUGCGGAGCGACCACCUCACAAAGCAUUACAAAACACACAUCAACACAAAGAGCCUGUGAACAAUGUCUUUCGUGAGAUUUCAAGAACUUCAUGGGGGGGUGAAAAAAGAAAAACAAGUGUUCCCUGGGCUUGAGGGAUGGGCGGAUAUGGAAGUAAAUCCCCAUUCACGUGUACGACGUAGCCCUGGAAAUUCACCUGUUAAUACCAAGGCCUCGCCCUCAUCUUCAGAGAAAGGCUCUCAGGCCGGAAAGUGUGACCCGCACUUAAAACUCAUGAAGAACAUGGAUGCCGGUUGUGUCUUGGUGGUUUCCUCUGAUAUACAGAGCAGAACAAAGCACCAACAGACACUCCAGCCAAAAAAAGCAAGAAAAGAAGUUACUUCCCCCUUUUAUUUACAGUUUUUCUCAUUGUUUUAGCUUCACCAUCCCCCCCUCACAUGAAGUGUAGCAGUUAUGGGCAGUGUUUCUUAGCUUUUAUUGUGUAAAUGUUUGUUUUCAUACAUACAAACAUACAUUUGUACAUACUAUGGACAAUUUGAAUACAAAAGCGAUGCUUUGGACAAACUCUUUGACCCAGUUAAAUUAUUAUUUUCUGUUGCUUUUUAUUUUAUUUAGAAUUUUAAAUGGACGCUUGAAUUUGGUUUUAAUAAUAUUAGAGGUUUUGGAUUUGACAUGCUUGUCGAUGGUUUGACAAUCAUGUUGUAUAUAGAAGAGGGUGAAUAUCUUCAGACUUGCUACACGUUUAAAGGAAUAAUUUAUUUAAAAAAAGAUGUUGUAACGUAUGCGGUGUGUGUGUGUGUGUGAGCGCGUAUGUGUGUGUGUGUCUGAUGAAGAUUGCUUAUGUCCAUCAAAAUCCCCCAAAAAAGUACUCAUGUUUAUUUUUUGAUGUAAAGAAGGACUAAAAUCUCACAAAGAAGGAUGCGAUGUGAUUGUUUGCAAUGUUUUACCAUGUUUUUUUCGAUUUAUUCAAGGUACGUGUAAAGGAAAUGAGGAAUUUAAUGCUUCUUUGCAGUCAGUCAUUCCGCUUGAGUUCUCAUCCAAGUUUUUGUCCAAGCUCUCUUAAAGAGGCCUUAAGAGGAAAAAGGAAAGGGUGCUUAUGUAUGUUUGUAUAUUGAUUUUGUUGUAUUUGGAUGUAAAAUGUAGGAUAAUUGUUACACAAAUGUGUAUUGGCUGUUGUUGCCAG